AUCUUGUUCCGGGGAAACUGGAAAGGUUAUGCUUUUCAUUAAUUAAUGUACUUUCAAGUCUUCUAUUUUUUUUCCCUUCCCUGAUUUCGCUAUCUUCAUUGAUUUCCCUCUCGGAGUCCCUGUCGUCUUCUUAUUGCUCGCCAAGCUUUCGUUUUGUGGAAGGCAAAUUAAAUCCUCCAAUUCCAUAGCCACACCCACUCUCUCUCUCUCUCUCUCUCUCUCUCUCUCCGUCUUAAGUUUGAAUAACUUAAUAUGUCCUUCUGAAAAUUGGAUCAAGCUUAUAAGUUUCUCCUUCUUGCUUUUCUUCUGGGGUAUGAUCUCACAGCUUGAGGACAACCCCGUCAUUUUUCAAUUAGCCCGAUAAGCUUUGCUAGACCACCAAAUGGAAGAGGGGCAAGGAUUUGCACUGACCCAGAUGAGGAAGUCAGUCGAGAAGCUUGGUUCUUCAGCUGAGGUGUAUGAAGAUCGUACACUUAUGAGGUUCUUGAUUGCUCGAUCAAUGGACCCCGAUAAAGCAGCUAAGAUGUUUGUUCAGUGGCAGAAGUGGAGGGCUGAGAUGGUGCCUAAUGGUUUCAUUUCAGAGUCUGAAGUUCCAGAUGAAUUGGAAGGGAGAAAAAUCUUUCUGCAGGGUUUGUGCAAGGAUAAAUACCCCGUGUUGAUCGUCCAAGCAAGGAAGCAUUUUCCUCCCAAGGAUCAGAUUCAAUUCAAGAAAUUUGUUGUUCAUUUACUGGACAAGACAAUUGCAAGUGCCAUCAAAGGAAGGGAAACAGGAAAUGAAAAGUUGAUUGGGAUCCUUGAUCUGCAGCAUAUCACAUAUAAAAACGUUGAUGCUCGUGGCUUAAUCACAGGAUUUCAAUUUUUGCAGGCAUACUAUCCUGAACGUCUAGCAAAGUGUUAUCUAGUACACAUGCCGCAGUUUUUCGUGGCAGUUUGGAGACUAGUUUCUCGGUUUCUAGAGAAAGCAACACUAGAAAAGAUUGUAAUAGUAAGCAGUGAGGAUGAGAAGAGAGAGUUUGUGAGAGAGGUAGGAGAAGAGAUUCUUCCAGAAGAGUAUGGUGGACGAGCAAAGCUUGUGUCUCUUCAAGAUGCUCCUCUAGAGAACGCACCAACUGAUUCUAAUUCAUCCAAUUCUACAAAUGCAUCUUCUUAACUUUGAAGACCGAUGAAUGGACAUAAUUUAUGAGAUUUACUCUAUUGCCUUGUGCUAUUUAAACUUUAUUAAUAUUACUGCUUAAAAGAAGUUUAAUCACUUGAAUAACAGUAUUGUUUUUGGCCAUGAAAUAAAUUUCAUAACAAAAUAUAA